AGCCCUCUGGCUCCCUAGUUUACUGCAACCCUGUGUGCCGCACAACCUGAGCCCUAGCACAAUGGAAGUCAAACAAAUUGCAACCAGUAAUCCCCAUGAGUACAAAGGAAUGUUCUCUAUUAAUGAAUUGUCAACAUCUGAGAAACUAAGCUCUAUUAUGAGCAUUGGUGAACUAAAGUUUCGUAUAAGACAUCGUACGACAGACAAAGGAAUUUUGGAAUUCGAUAUUUGUUUCUUGGAAAAUCAAAAAUGGAUUAAUACAGAUAAAAAGUACCGUGAUAUUCAUAUUAAUUUAGCAAUAAAUAUAGAUGCGCAUACUAGAGUGGUGAAGAUAUUGAAAACUCUUGAAGAUAAAGUUGAAUAUGAAAAUGAAGGAAAAUGGUAUGCAAUGUCAGAAUUCGAUAUAAUUAAGUCAAACCUUGUUAAUCACGAAGACUUUUAUCACUUCCCAAACAUAUGUAGUGUUAUAUCUGUAAUUAAUGGAAGUAGUAUACUCUCAGUUGCAUUGGAAAAAAAUUGUAUGAAAAGAAAUCCAUUUGCUUCUCUACAUAAUGACACAUUACCAACAGACUUCGAGUUGCGUUGUGAAAAUGGGUCUAUUCCUGUGCAUAAAGUUGUGCUAGCCAUCGCCAGUCCAAUGCUUAUAGGUUAUUUAGAAAACGAGAACGACUGGCUUGAAAAUAGGUGGUACAAGUUUUCCGAAACCGACUUAUCAACGCUACAACAUCUGAAAGACUAUACAUAUAUACUUGGACGUGUUACCAGACGAGGGCCUAGAAAACCUUUUGUUGCUUGCUUCAUGUUACAUGAUGGAGGAAUUGAAACACCAGUGUAUAUCAAAACUAUUAUCGAAAGUAACGCCAGAAAAUGCACUAGAAGUUUCCGAGUUUGCAGCGGCCCAUCAAACUAAUGAGCUGUUCAUGGGAUUUCUUAAGAAAGUGCAAGAUGCCGCCGAUCAGGGACCUUUCAUAUAACAUUAAUUUUAAAAUUAAAUUAAAAAGAUUAAUUCUUCAUUCACAGUUAAAAUGUGAAAAUAUAAAUAUGGAUGUAUGUGUUAUUUAGGUUAUUCUAUUCAAAUUAUUAUAUUUUUA